AUGAACUUACAACAGAUUAUGAGACCCAGCUCAAUUAGCGCAGACGGCAUCAAGGUCUUCGCUGGCGCUGAGCAGGAUGCCAACCUCUUCUUCAUCACCGUCGAGGCCAAGCUCAUCGCCGCUGGCAUCGACGCUGGCAUCAUCGACGAGGCUCUGCUGACCACCAAGGAGACGGGCAGGCUCCAGCAGCUGCCUCAUCGCCCAGUCCAUCCAUCCUCGGUGCUUCGGGUCCCCGCACUCGCCCCCGCCCUCAACGCGCCCCUCGCCGCACUGGCGUCCGCCACGACGCGGGGGACCACGACGACGAUGACGACGACGAGGGCGACGGCGACGACCACGGCGCUCAGCCAUCUUCCUCCUCUUCCUCUCUCCCUUCUUCCGCCACUCCCGAGCGGAGGAGCGCAGGUGGCGUCCCGAGCCUCUGGCCUGCUGGAUCCCCGUGAUCCACAGGUUGACGCAGCCAUCUUCGCGUUCCUCCUUGGCGUCCUGACGGGACACCCGCUGCGGCUGGCCAUCACCGACAACCGUGGCCGCUCCGGUGUGCUUGCGCUGCGCCGCCUCCGCGAGCGCUACAUCCGCAGCGGCAAGGACCACGUGAGUCGUCUCAGGCAGCAGCUCUCCUCGACCACCUGGUUGCCCACGGACACCGUUGACACGUUCAUGUCCCGCAUCACGGACAUCAACUCGCAGCUCCUCGCUGCCGGCGUGUCCAUCCCGGAGGACGACCUGCGCACCCUCGUCCGCAAUGAACUCCCCGCGGAGUUUGAUGUGGCGAUGCGGUUCAUGGAGCGCGAGGACCCGCCGCCAUCGCUGUCCAAGAUGACGGCGGACCUCAUUCAGGAGGAGCGCCGCCUGCAUCGUCCCAAGAAGCGCACGCCCGUGCUCGCCAUCGGCGGGCCAAGCCCCGGCUCCUUCGCUGCAUCGCCGAUGCACGCUGGCACGUCGCCCUCCGACACGAGCGGUGGACCAUGCUGUCCACCUGCAGAGCGCGUGACUUGCGCGUUCUGCAACUUCCGCGGCCACUGCGCGCAGCAGUGCCGCAAGCUGCAGGCGGCCAAGCGCUACCACGUCAUCGACGUGCGGCAGAUCCUGGCUACGCUUCGCAACCAUGGCAACGGCAACGGCAAGCGGCCAGGAUCCUCUCGCCCGCAGCACGGACGAGCAGCUCCAUUCAAGAAGGCGGCCGUCGUCAGCCACGGCUGUGGAGAGACGAGUCCGUGUCAUAUUAUGAGACCCAUGGACCUGUCCCUGGCUUCCCUUCCCCACUUCAACGGGAGUCCAGAUCAGCUUCGCCUCUUCCAGCUCAACUUCAAACGGUAUGUGAAACGAACACUACCCGGGUCGGAGAAGGUGCUUGAGGGUGAUGACGGCGCCUCCACGGAAGAGAAGGAGCACGUCCACCUCAGCUUGAUGUUAGCGCUGGAGAACUGUGAGGAGGCGGUGGCCUUGAUUGUGCGAGGGCAUGAUGAUCCAACAGCAGCUUGGCGCGCACUCGACAACUACUACAAGCACGCGAACGAUGAGCGAAAGAAGGCGACCUACCUCGCAGAGUUCAUUGCUGCAACAGCUUGGCAGAACGAUGACAGCCAAGACUCCUACAGCAAGAGAGUGUUGACGGCCUACGAGAAGAUGAAGGCUGUGUACGAGAUGAGUGAGGCUAUGACGAAAGAAACAACAGCAUCCUGGAUUCUGUUUGCCUGUCUCCACAGCAGCAAGCCCACUGACUUCAUGAAGGAGUUCAAAGAGCCAACAGCAACAGUGAAUGAGACGAUGAUGAAGGUUCUGCACGCGUCUCCACCACAGCAACCAGCAUCAGCGUUUGAUGACAAGGUGUUUCGCAUGUCUGCCAAGCGAAGGGCUGGUGAGGGAAAGGCACGACAACAGCGCCAAAAGUCCAUCUGCAAGUGGUGUGGCAAGUUUGGUUACCACAAGGAGCACGAGUGCUACCACAACCCAGCCAACGCUCAAGGACAGACCGGUGGGCGUGGUGGUGAUGGCGUGCGCCAAGGACUGCAUCAUCAGCAACAACAGCAACAUCAUCGUCGUCAGCCUGUGGCACAACGGCUAGAGCCAAGGCAUGUGUCACUCAAGAUGGCCACGUCACCUCGAGACUCGAGCAACCGCAUCAGCCUCCCAGGCAACGCUAUUGGCGUGGACACGCAGUCAUCUGUGCACAUCUUCGCCAGCCCUGGGGCAUUCACGCAUCUGUACCCACUGACGCCACCAGCAAAAGUCCAUGGACUUGGUGGAGAGGUGACAGUGGAGCAAGCAGGCCAGGUCGUGCUGCAGACGAAGGGAGUCCGGGGUGAGGAUGUCGUUGUGACCAUCAACAACGUCAUGUUUCUUCCCACAUUUGGGUUCAACAUCCUCUCGGCCGGCAGGCUCGUCGACUCAGGCCUCAAGGUGUGCCUGGACAAGAAGACGUCGGCGGUUGCUUGUCCUGACGGCUCGAUCCUGACAUUGCAUCAGCACGACGACAAGACGUACUACUUUGACGCGCAGCUGGGCAAGCCCGAGGUCAUGCAGAAGUGCAACGCAGUGUACACACUGCACACGUGGCAUCGUCGCCUCGGCCAUCGCUCCCUUCACACGAUUCGCAAGUCUCUGGAGGAGCAGAAUGUGCGGUUUAGCGACAGCACGGGCAGCAGCAGCGACCCUGCGUGCGACCCCAGCUCGGCCACAUGUGAGGGCUGCCUGGCCUUCAAGACGGUGAAGAAGCCCAUCAGCAAGCAGGCAGUUCGAGAUGCCGAAAGCCCGGGCGACACGCUGCACCUCGACCUUCUUGGGCCCUUCCCACCGUCGAUCCAGGGCAGCAAGUACGCGCUGGUUUGGCUAGACGAGAGGACCCGGUUCAUGGACUGCACCUAUGUCAAGGCCAAGAGCGAGGCUGCAGAUGCGCUUCGCCACUUCGUUGCAACGACGCCAAUACCAGUUGACCGUGGCACCCUCGUUCAAACGGACAGCGAUCCCGUCUUCACGUCUCGGCGUUUCGUGCAAACGGCAAACGAGCUUGGCCUUCGCCUUCGCUACAGUCCGCCACAUGUGCACGAGCACAACGGGCUUGUGGAGCGAAGCAUUCGCACGCUGAAGGAGUCUGCCGCUGCCAUGCUGCACACGGCACCACUGCCGCAGCACCUCAAGGACAAGCUCUGGUCUGCUGCGCUUGGACACUCUGCAUGGGUGUACAACCUUCUUCCGCACUCCCAACUGGGCAUGUCACCGUACCAGGCUCUCUUCGCCAAGCCUUCGCCACUGCAGCACGUGCGCGUCUUCGGCUGCAAGGCGUUCGUGUAUGACCACGUCCACACGGACAAGAGCAAGGCCUUUCCCCGACGGGCCAUGGAAGGCUUCUAUGUUGGCUUCGACACGCGAUGCAACGCGCAUCGCAUCUACGUCAAGGCAACUGGGCGAGUGAGGUCCUCCAUCCACGUUGACUUCCUGGAAGAGGUUGACUGCACGAGUCAAGGGGGUGCUUUACCGACAUCACCACUCACAGGCAGCAACGGCACCAGCACUGUGCAGAACCUAUGGGUGAUGCCAGCAGCAACAGCAUCAACACCUGACCCCAUGCGGCAGGGCGACGAGAACACACCUGACCCCAUGCGGCAGGGCGACAGCGGCGGCGCACAAACAUCUGCACCACUCGCGCAAUCAGCACCCACGGCACAGCAGAAGACAAGCUGUGCCGUCAACAGCAAGCAUCCUGACUCGUCAACGGCAGACGACGGCAGUGAUGACGAUGGCGAUGGCGAUCACAGCGACGACAGUGACGGCUACGAGACCGACAUCCUCUGCCUGCGGACUACCCUGUUGAAGAAUGCGAUGGUACAGACGCACCAGCCACCGCAGCAGCCGGUCCCCAAGACAUGGCGGGACGCCAUGGCCUCUGCACACAAGAGCAAGUGGCAGGAGGCCUUCGUCAAGGAGUGGAGUAACAUGAUUCGGCACGAUGUCUUCGACAUCGUUGACCAGCGCACUCUUCCCAUGGGCGUGCGACCAAUACCGUCCAAGCUCGUCUUUGCUGUGAAACACAAACCGGACGGCAGUAUUGUCCACAAAGUCCGGUUUGUUUGCUGCGGCAACCGGCAGACGGAGGACACAUACGCAGAUGUAUUUUCGCCCACGACACGCUUCGAGGCUCUGCGCACCUUUCUCGCUGCUACAGCCCAGCGACACAUGCUGCUGUGCCAGUUCGAUGUGUCUGCGGCUUUUCUCCAUGCCGAGCUCGACAUGACAAACGUGUUUGUGCGUCCGCCGCAGGCAGCAACCUCCCUGGCCGGGUCUGUGCUGAAGCUGCGCAAGAGCCUCUAUGGCCUGCGCCAGGCGCCGAAGCUGUGGUACGCAUCUGUCUGGAAGACGAUUGGCGGCAGCGGCUUCCAGCGUUUGCGGUCCGACGCCUGCAUCUUCGUCAACCAGGAUCGCACAGUCAUGAUUUGCGUGCACGUCGACGACUUCCUUGUGGCGGCAACGACACAGGAGCACAUGGACCGUGCAGAGGCUGUGCUUGCAGCCAACUACGACCUCAAGAACUUGGGCGCGCCACGACAAUACCUCAGCAUUGCGAUCUCCUAUGACAGAGAACGCGGCGUUAUGACGCUGAACCAGCACGACUACAUCCAGACUGUGCUGAAGCAAGAAGGCCUGGAGGACUGCAAGGCGAAGGCAACUCCACUCCCCGUCAAGAUGAAGCUCGUGCCGGUGGAACAAGCCGAGGUCGACGUUCGUCACUACCAGAGCAUCAUUGGCAGUCUGCUGUAUCUCGCAGUGACGACGCGUCCCGACAUCAGCUACGCCACAUCCGUGCUCUCCAGAUUUAUCCAGCAACCCGGCAAGCAGCACCUACACGCGGCCAGACAUGUCUGCAAGUACCUACGGGGCACGGCGGCUCUGGCAAUCAAGUACAGUGCGGGUGAUUCGCUUCAACUCCUUGGCUACACAGACGCAAGUCACAUGUCUGACCCCUACACGAACCGCAGCACACUCGUCAAUCGCAAGGCAGUGUCCAUAGAGGAGGACUCACGCCACCUGUUCACCAUCGCCGGUGGCCCUGUGACAUGGCUGUCCAAGAGGCUGCCUCUCGUCACAACAUCAUCGGCGGAGACAGAGUACGUCGCCGCUGCGCGCGCAGCACAGGCUGCGGUGUACCUGCGACAGCUCCUCCAGGAGCUGGGAUUCGACGUCGGCACCACACCACUCCACAUGGACAGCCAGUCUGCCAUGUGCAUUGCUACCAAUCCCGUGGCCAAGGGCGGCUCCAAACACAUACGGCUGCGUUUGUUGAGA